AUGCCCGUCUCGAUAACAUCUACACCCAAACCAAAUACAUCUUCGCCUUCGGCGUCGACAUCGACAUCGAGCAAAUCGACGAGUGCGUUAUCGCCGCCAACGAGGAAGCGACCUACGCCUACGGAUCACAUUUUCAACUAUACGUAUACCUACGGGUACAACUUUGGGUAUAUCUCCAACGGGCUUGCGUUGCUUGAGGAUCGGAGGAGUUUGUUGGAGGAGGCACUGAAGAAGGGAACCGGUGCAUCUGUGCUGCCUUUGACGACUACGACUGCGCCUUUGGAGGCUACUACGGAGAGGACGACAUCGACGACGACAUCGACGACGAGUAGGAAAGAAAGUUCGACUUCUUCGACGACGCUUUCGCUCACGUUUUCGGCUGCGAGUCCUGUCACUUCUUCUGCGCAUCCGUUUAGUCCGUAUUAUCGGACGUAUAUCGAGCUUGUUUCUUCGGGGGCUUUGAACGACGGGAGUAAAAAGGCGCGCGCGUCGACAUCGGUAUCGCCCACCAACACGAACGCCAACAACAAGACGAAGCAACAGGUCGUCGUACCGCUGAGUCUUGCGAAUCUCAAUUCUUUGGAGAAGAAGAAGAGGAAACGGGAAAUUGAAUCGCCUGAUAUGAAGGACCUUAUUGAUCGAGAGAGGGAGUACGACCGCGAAACGGGCACGAAUGGAUAUCGAUACGCCGGUGGUUGCGGUUACCUCGCCUACAGCACCACCAUCGACUACGGAGACGACUUUGACAGCGGGGACGACGAGUUCGCAGACGCCGUUCCUCCUACCCGGACUCGACCCCUCCUCGACUUCGGGAUCUACGUCGUCGACUCUUUCGAAUCCUUCCUCUGUUCUGUGUACGCCGGGGAGCACGAUUGGGAGCGGGAUGGUCUCGCGCACGAUUUCGCUUUCGCCAUUUGCGGACCCGGAUGA